GCCCGUCGGUUGCGCGGGUGACGCUUGUACACAGAAACGGAUCCCGUCGGCGGCACGGUGGUGGCUGCGGCAGUCCCGUCGCGGAUUCACGGGUUACCUGGGCGCAGAGGAGCCAGGAGCAGCGGCAAGCACCAUGAGCCAGAGGCAGGUGUUUCAAGUGUUCGAGCAGUACCAGAAAGCCCGCGCCCAGUUCGUGCAGAUGGUCGCGGAGCUGGCCAACAGACCCCAAAACAUCGAGAUCCUGCAGAACGCGGGUGUAAUGUCUUUGCUGCGGCCGCUCCUUCUGGACGUAGUCCCCUCCAUUCAACAGACGGCUGCACUCGCCCUUGGGAGGCUGGCCAACUACAACGAAGACCUGGCAGAAGCAGUUGUGAAGGGCGACAUUCUUCCACAGCUUGUUUAUUCGAUGUCUGAGCAGAAUCGUUUCUACAAGAAAGCAGCCGUGUUCGUGUUCCGCGCAGUCGGCAAGCACUCUCCGCAGCUGGCUCAGGCCGUAGUGGACUGUGGAGCACUGGAUAUCCUGGUGAUGUGCUUGGAAGAUUUUGACCCCGGAGUCAAGGAGGCAGCAGCCUGGGCCCUGGGAUAUAUUGCAAGACAUAAUGCAGAACUGUCACAAGCUGUGGUGGAUGAGGGAGCCGUCCCUCUUUUAGUCCUCUGUAUCCAGGAGCCGGAGAUUGCUUUGAAAAGGAUCGCCGCUUCAGCCCUCAGUGAUAUCGCCAAGCAUUGUCCAGAAUUAGCACACACCGUGGUGGAUGCGGGAGCCAUCGCUCACUUAGCCCAGAUGAUCGUCAGUCCCGAUGCGAAACUGAAGCGUCAGGUCCUGUCCGCACUCAGUCAGAUCGCAAAGCACUCGGUAGACCUUGCAGAGAUGGUGGUCGAAGCAGAGAUCUUCCCAGUUGUUCUUACCUGCCUGAAGGAUAAAGACGACUACGUGAAGAAGAACGCUUCUACGUUAAUCAGAGAGAUUGCAAAACAUACACCCGAGCUUUCCCAACUGAUAGUUAACAGAGGAGGAGUGGCUGCCGUGAUUGAUUGCAUCGGGUCCUGCAAAGGGAACAUAAGGCUGCCCGGCAUCAUGAUGCUUGGUUACGUGGCGGCUCAUUCCGAGAACCUGGCAAUGGCCGUCAUCAUUUCCAAGGGUGUACCCCAGUUGUCAAUCUGCCUGUCAGAAGAGCCAGAAGAUCACAUUAAGGCUGCUACCGCUUGGGCGUUAGGGCAGAUUGGGAGACACACUCAUGAGCACGCCCGCGCCGUCGCUGUCACCAACACUUUGCCAGUCCUGCUUUCUUUGUACAUGUCGGCAGAGAGCUCUGAGGACCUUCAAGUGAAAAGUGAAAAAGCCAUCAAGAACAUCCUCCAGAAGUGCAUCUACCUCCCAGCCCUCGAGCCCCUCCUGUAUGACGCACCCCCCAACAUCCUCAAGCACGUGCUGGAGCAAUUCAGCAAGGUGCUGCCGCAUGACAGUAAAGCCCGGAGACUUUUUGUGACAAGUGGUGGACUUAAAAAGAUUCAAGAGAUAAAAGCAGAACCUGGCUCUCUCCUUCAGGAGUACAUCAACAAUAUUAACAAUUGCUACCCAGAAGAAAUAGUAAGGUAUUACUCCCCUGGGUUUUCAGAUACACUUCUGCAGAGAGUGGACAGCUAUCAACCAUUUACUAAUUAAACAAAGUCGCAUCUUUAUAGCGAAACUGCAAAGCAUCCAUGAAAGACGAACAUGAAAGCUUUUUCUAAAUUUUGUUUUACUCACUGCAAGACACCUUUAGGUCAUCUUUUCUGGAUUAAUGCAGUACUUUAAAAAU